GAAGUACACUUGAUCGGUGAGAUUGUCAGUGGUCAUGGAUUUGGAGCCUUCGGAGGACUGACGUGCAAGUGGCGUGUCGAGUAUGGCAGCCGGUGGAGUCACAUCGCUGGCGAUCAAUUCGGCCAAACUCAACUGGACUACCCGUCAACAGCGCCGUGGACUUCGGAUCCUGAUGUUGCUGUGUGGGCACACCCUAUCGACUUGCAUUUCGCAACUUCGGCUUUCCAGGGAUGGCCCAAACUUCUUUUGCAAGUGUGGAGAGCUGACUCCAGCAUGAAGCUCCACGUUGUAGGCUACGGCUUUGUGCCUGUGCCCUUUGCUGCAGGCCAACACAAACUCUGGGUCUCGCUGUGGCGUCCACUUGGGACAACCAAGGAAGAGCUGGAUGUGCGGCUACUGGGACGUACCCCCGAACUCAAAGGUGAUGACGUACUGUUCAAUGCGGCAUGGUCUGAGAGAUGUCGACUGCGGACAGUCUCGACUGGCAAAGUGUUGAUACACAUUGGCGUGCUGCUUCGGCACUUUCAGGCUGGCGUAAUUGAAGCU